GGACGACUCAAACCGGAAGUGAUGUUGUUGCUAAACGACUACCUCCUAAAGCGUGAGGCGUGUUAUUCAGACACACUACCUCUCGGAGAGAAGUCAUGACGUUCUGCUCCUUCUUCGGCGGCGAGGUUUACAAAGACCACUUCAAACCAGGGGUUUAUGUUUGCACCAAGUGUGACCACCAGCUGUUCUCCAGCCGCUCCAAGUACGAGCACUCGUCUCCGUGGCCGGCCUUCACGGAGACCAUCCACGAGGACAGCGUGUCCAAAUACAAGGAGAGACCGGGAGCGUACAAGGUGAGCUGUGGGAAGUGUGGAAAUGGACUGGGCCAUGAGUUUGUCAAUGACGGGCCAGCCAAAGGGUCGUCUCGCUUCUGAAUAUUCAGCAGCUCACUGAAGUUCGUCCCUAAAGAUAAGGUUGAUGGACAGUAAGGUGAGCGGGCUGGGGGACGUGUUGCUGGGAUUGUAGGAGUUCCUUUGUGCUGCUGAAGGUGCGGCCAGUGGAUGAGGAGUUCUGGAACAAAGCCCAAUCUGGGAGCCCCAGGCCUCUGAUGGAUAUGUGGCCUCACUGGACAGCAAAGAACAAGGGACUGGUCUCAGCACCUUUUUUAUUAUGCAAUCAACACAGAUUCAGAAAACAGGAUCACCUCACUGGUGACACAGUCACUGUCUCACACACUUAGAUUGUAUUUAUGGGUCGUGUUUGUGAGCUGUAUUUUACAUGUGAGUUCAUUUACCUUAGCAGUUGUUGCUGUAGUUGUACGGCUCUGACACUGACAAGAUAACGGAACAAAUGUACCAGAAAAGAGUAGCUUACAAAACUGAAUCUGAGACUAGAUGAUCCUUUUUCCCAGGGUCUAAUUCUGUUUUUUAUUUAUCAACAUGUUUUUAGUUUGAUAUGCUGAAUGUAGAAAAAGACUUACAUUAAGUGGGAUUAUCAUGAAUUCAAAAUAAUGCUGAUGGCAACACUAUCGGCGUCUCUAGCUGCUGCUUUCUACAUCACUCUUUAGCUUUAUGGAAAUGUAUCAAAAUGACUAAUAUGCAACGAACUGAAAUAAAUAUAUUUGAUUAAAAAUA